UGCGAAGCAAAAUGUACUUCUUGCUCUGUUGGGUGGAAAUUUCAUGCAGGUGUUAGAGGAACAGUAUAAAUGUGAAUGCUGCGAAGGCAAGAGGUGGGAAAACCCACAGCGCCUCAGAAGACUGGUACAGCACGACAAGGACGAUGACAGCAGCCGGCUGGGUCUUCAUGCUGGCUGCCCUGACGUCUCUGGCAUCUGCCGUGGCACACUACCACAGUGGGGAGACAGACACCUACCAUGUGAGCAUUGGUCACCUUUUUGUGCUGAGGUGUCCCAGAGCUGACGCUCACACCAAUGUGACCUGGAGCAGAGGGGAGAGGCACAACCUGAUGCUGCCCACCGGAGUGGAAGUCAGGGACGGGUUACUGUGGUUCCUGCCUGUGCAGAUGUCUCAUAAUGGAUACUACACCUGUGAGAAAAGGGACGAGCCUGGAUCAGGGAUGAAGUUUCUGGUGUCAGUGUCCAGUGAAGAGUGUCCUGAUCCAUCUGAGACUGAAACCGUCAAUCAGGAAGUCAUAGUGAGACUUCCUUGCAAACAGGAAGAGAUCUUCAAACUGAAUAAAGUAACGAACAUACGAUGGAUGAAGGACUGCCAGCCAGUGGAGCUGCAAGGGGAGGACAGCUCUGUGGAGGAUGGCUUCAUGAGACUUCCUGCAGCCUCAGAGAGGGAUGCUGGGACGUACACCUGCCUGGUGGACAUUAGCUUGGACGGCAGGAAGUUCACAUCUGGACGCAGCAUCAGGCUGAACAUUACUAAAGAUGCACCUUUUGUGACACCUGUGGUGGUGUAUCCACAAGAGGAAACCGUUGUGGUUGAAGUAGGAACAAGAGCUGAGCUGAAAUGUAAGGCCCUCAUAGGCUACAGUGAGGAUAGUGAGACCCAAAUCUAUUGGACUGUUGAUUCGACCCACACCAAUGACCACAUGGAACUCAAAGAGUCCUGCAAUUAUGUUCAUGAAGGAAACAGGGUGUACCUUCAUUCCACUCUGUCUAUCUCGAAAGUUCCUCGUCGUUUCCUGAACGUCCCCAUUCAGUGCCACAUAGAGAACCCAGCUGAACGGGCGGUCGGCUUGAUGUGGCUCCAAGAAGCUGACCACAGUGUCCUCCACACCAGUGUUGCCCUCUGCCUCUCUGCCACCCUGGUUACUCUGGCUCUUGUUGCUGGCUUCCUCUUAUUUAAAGUAGAGCUGGUGUUGGUUUACAGGAAACUGUUAAGACACUUUGCCAAACCACAAGCUCAAGAUGGGAAGCUCUACGACGCCUACGUGAGCUAUUUGCAUGGCGACGCCAGCUCAGCUGAGACAGCAAGCUUUGCCCUGCACAUCCUGCCUGAGGAGCUGGAGAAACAAGGCUACUCUCUGUACAUCAGAGGACGUGACGACUGCCCCGGGGAAGCGGUGCAUGAUGCCAUUGGUACUACACUGCAGCAGUGCCGCAGACUGAUAAUCAUCCUGUCGCGUGACGGUAAAUCCUUCAAUCAUGGCAGAAAAGAAGACGAACCCUUGUCUGUGAACCAAAGCCAGCUGUGCUUUGAACAAAAAAUGGGCCUUUACGAUGCUUUGACUCAGAACGACCCCAAAGUGAUCCUGGUGGAAAUAGAUGGUCCGGUGAAUUACAGUUGCCUGCCAGAGUCUCUGCGCUAUAUCAAGAGGAAACAAGGAUCUCUGAAGUGGACGAAACCUUCCUCUCAAACCCACAAACUCACCAGAUUGUGCUCAAACAGAAGUUUCUGGAAGAAUCUGAGGUACCACAUGCCCUCAGUGCCUAGAGGGAAAUGCAACACUACUGUCUAAACCAAGUGAAAGACUAAAAGGUUUCAUGGAAGCAAAUUAAACAGAGACAUUUUGGUUGGACCGGACAGGGCUGUUUCCUGGAAACAAUGGUUUUUGACAUGACACAUUACUGUAAACAGACUCAUGCCAGCAUGCACUGUGAAUUCCACAGUGUGUAAAGCCACAAUGACUUCUGCUGGAUUUCUUCCUGGUGCAGGACAGGGAUGCCUCCUGACACCAGCUCUGUCCCAGACACCACAGCCUGUCAUCCUUUGGACUCAUCUCCUCCUUUAGCACUGUCUUCUAGACUUUCCUUUCUGCCUUGACAUGGACUAUAAACUUUUAGAGAAAGCGAGAAAAACAUUUCAGCUUCUCUCCGCUUUUCAGUCAUCAGAUAUCGAUCAGAACAGACACACUGAUGAAGAUCAGCAUACUUUCAGCUACCUUUUCCUCCGGCAGAAAAUAACACUGAUUCAGUUCACCAUUAAACCUGCAACCUGUAGUUCUCUGAAGGUCUAUGAGACAUAAUGACGUCCUCGUUAUGUUGUGGGCCAGCAGUACUGCAGUUUGUACUUGAAUUCUUGGUUCUAAGGUAUUUGAAGGAUAUCUAAAUUUAUAUUGAUAAGAGUGCUGUGUUGACCAUUGAUAAGCUUGCUGUAUAUUGGCUACAGAGUGUUAAACACAUCUUUUACCUCACCUAGAAGUUGAUUUAAAUGUUUAUUUAUAUUGUGAUUUUUACGUACUUGGUUCUCACAUGAGAGAUGAUUAAAGAAACUUUAUUAAGUCAUUAGGGUUGGGUAUUUUGUGUUGGCUCUAGUUUUUCUUCCAAUGUUGCGUAGUGAAUCUGGAACUUCAUCAAAUCAAAUUCUUGGAAUACGUUGUAAUGUAAAGAUGUUAUUCCAAUCAUCCGCCCCCUCAAGUGGUUGCCAGUUUGUGCACUUACUAAUGUUUAAUGUUAAUGGCGUUAGCACUAUGAGUUAGCAUGUUUGCCAGCCAACGUUGCUAGUGCUUGCUAGCAAACUAGAUAGCUAGCUGGUUAAUGUUAUGUUAGCUAGCGUUAACAUUGCCAAGGCUCAUAGCAAGAUGCUUGAUUGCUGAUGAAACAUGGAUACCAGUGACACCAGUGGAGUUGUGCUAUUGGCUGACAAAAGCUGGAACCAACUGUCUACAUGCUUACACAGAAAAUUAAAAAAUAUACAUGUUA